UUCUCAGUGAACGACGACUGUCCACUGUACACGCAUCUUUAUCUACGUUUAUCCGCGAGAAAAUGGAGUAUAUCAAUAAACUGCUGCACAGAGCUGCCGCGAUCCCGGCAAGGACAUCGCUGUCGCCAUCGCCAUCGCCCACGCCACCGAGCGGCACCGACAAUUCUGCAUCGAAAAGUGCGGAGCAUGAGGUGAAGGUUCGAUUCGCUCGCGAGUUCGCCGACGUUGGAUCGAUCACCUACUCGGCUGCAGAAAGUCUGUCCUCGGCCAGCAGUUUCCAGAGUCUCAACAGUACUUUAAGCACAAAGAGCAGCAGCGGUAUCUGCUCAGACUUCAUACCCCAAAGCCCUAAUCAGGUCUUGAACGAUUCGUACGUGGACCCGAAUAUAUCUGGCUUGGAAGACCUGAUUGCCGGUUGCGCGGGUAUACACUUGAAUAGCGACGACGAACAGUCGUACAACACUCUACAAAAUUCUCAAGACUUUAGCCAAGAUCAAACGUUCGCAUCUGCCACCGAUGAUCUAACCAAUCUCACCAAGAGUCUCGUUUCCGACGUCUCUCUGACGGACUGCCAAAGUACGGUUGAAAACUUUGAGAGUAAUUCGACGACACGCGAUUCUACAUGCUCGCCGAUUAAUUGUACGCAGAACAAUAGCCAGGAACGACCUAUUCUAGGCAGCAUCUGCAUCAGGGAACCUUCCCCCGUAGCGAACAGAAGGCAUAGUUUCAUAAAGUUAGAGGAAACAAUAGAGAAGAGGUCGAUUUCUCCUAAAAGAAAUAAUGACUUAAAUAACAGUGAUCAUCAAACGAAUAACAGCUUUGUGAAUAAAGUUGACGAGGUCUCUCUGCCACAGUCUCGUAGCACAGAGUUUAACUUAAAUACAACGGUGUGUCUAUCACCUAGCAAAGAAAUCACAGAUGUUUCUAAAGAGGUACAAUCUAGCGAGUCAGAAAAUAGUUCGCGCGAAAUUCAUUCUUUAUCUCUGAAUUUUAUACCUUGUACCGUCGCGAAUUCUGUAUGUAACUCAACAUCUGCGUCCACAGAGAAUGCAGAAGAAUUGUCGUUGCCUAGUAUACCGACGUUUUCUUCUUUACUCAACAGUACAGAUUCCUCAAAAUUAAACGAAAGCAAUAAUAACACUCAAGAGAAUGAAGGCAUUGUGAAAAAUUCGCCAAGGUCCUCGUCCCCUGUAAAUGAUUCUAACGCAGCGGUAAUCUCGUCUCCGGAUAUUGUAGAGAAAAGUCCUGCACGAGAAGUACAAGAUAAAAGCAAUAGUAUAACAGAAUCGGUUCCACCAAACUUUCCUGAUAACGUUUCAAGCGAUCGGCAGAUUCCUUUAGAUGAUACUUUUUCUGUAAGACCACAAACGCCGGAAAUUCAAGAGAAUUCCGCUAUCAUAAACGUUUGUCAAGAGGUUGAGAGUUGUGAUAUCAUUGUUAGUAACAUUGAACAAUCUUUGCCAAAGGAAGAAAGCUUCGAGCUAAACGAUACUACUCCUAAGAAGGAAGAAAUAGAAACUAGAAAGCCAGAUGAAUCUCUUGGUGAAAAGGAUGUGGUUGUUUUGGAAAAGACAGAUACAGUAGGUUCGAUAAAGGAGGAAGAAGACGAGAAAGAAGGGGAUCAGUUCUCUGAAGAUAAAUUAGACACUACUAUUACCAUUGAAGAUGUUUUCUUGACUUCCGAGGCUAUACCAGAAGUGGAACACUAUACAGAGUUUAAGCCGCAACGACAAAGCACUACGCUAGCUACAUUGAAUAUCGAACAACCAAAUUUCGAAGAACUGCAAUCUGCUGCUGAACAGGUUGCCAAUGAUAUUUUUAAAUAUUCAUUGGAUUUCUCAGAAGAAAACGAUAAUUUCACCAGCGCAACAUCUGAAAUCUUCCAAGAUCCUACGAGCUUCGAUUUUUUGAUAAAUCACGGCAAUUCGAAAACUGUCAAUCGUUUGAGGACCGAGUCUUUGUAUGUAAAAUUUGAUCCAUUAGUAGCAGACACCAGCAUGUUACCUCAGGGAAAUACGCAGUCCAUAAACGAGGAACAAAACGGCAAAAGUGAAAACGUACCAGUGAAUAUCGAUACUCCUAAACAUAAUCCUGCCAUAGCUGCUAUAGAUAGGCUACUUUUUUAUAGUCCGAUUUCUACAAAUAUGACGCAGAAGACAAAUGAACUUCAAGAGAAAAUGGCUAGCAAAGAACAGCCUGCAGAAGAAUCGAAAUCAGACACUCCGCUUAUUACCGAUAUUAAUAUGAGUAAGGAAUUAGAAUUAGUAAGGGCAACUGUACUACAAUUAGAAGAAGAACUAGAGAAACAAAAGAAGGAGUAUGAAAGUGAAUUAGAGAAGCAAAAGAAUGCUUUUCAAGAAAAAAUUAAUAAAUUACAAGCACAAAUAGCGCAGGAGGUAAAAAGUAAAUCUCAGAUGACGGUCGUAGUCGAAGAGUAUGAAAAAUCGAUUAGCCGACUGCUCACGGAAAGAGAGAGAGAUCGUACAAAUUUUGAACAAGAAAAAGCAAAACUGCAAGAAGAAUUACAAGUCACAAAUGUUCAUUUAAGCAACACGGAGGCUGCUUUUAAUGACGUUCAUCAAAAGUACGAGAGACUUAAAGGAGUCAUGUCCGCGUAUAAAAGUAAUGAAACAGUAUUGAAAGAGAGCAUUCAAGAGAACAUGGAAACAAUAAAAGGUUUGGAAACGCGGUACGAUCAAUUGAAGAAUCAUGCUAUGGCCGAGCUCGAAAAAGCUAACUUUGAAUUGGAUGCUAUACGAAAACAGCAUGAGGAUGAAACAGUAAAACUUCAUGCAAUGGUAAGGAAAGCAGAGCUGAAAAGUAAUUCAUUGGCCGAAUUGGUCGAACAGAAGACAAAAGAAAAUAAGGAAUUAACGCAAAUAUUGGAUGAAGUAAUUGCCAGGGUGGGUCACCAAAAUGCGGAAUAAAUAGCAGAAGAUUAAACAAGCAUCGCGAACGCAAUGCGAUUAGUCUUUAUUUUUUUACUCGCCCCUUAAACGUUUUAGAUACAACCAUAUGUUAGAGAAGCACCUUUUAUUAAUUAUUUAUAAGUUGUGAAAUAUAUAUAUAUAUAUACUAUUUUAUCGCUAAUAAAAAAUAGGC